AUGUCUGUCCCAUCGACAAUGAAAGCCGUCGUUGUUGAGAAGGUCGGAGGCCCCGAGGUUCUCGAGUUCCGAACCAAUCACCCCGUUCCUACCCCGCAAGAGGGCCAAUUGCUCGUGAAGAACAACAUCUGCGGCGUCAACUACAUCGAUACCUAUUUCCGCACAGGCCUGUAUCCCUCCGCAAAGCCCGAAAUCCUUGGUCGCGAAGCUGCCGGGACCGUUGUCGCUGUGGGCCCCGGUGCGAAUCCCUAUAACUUCCAGGUUGGCGAUCGCGUCGCCUGGCUGUCCUCUACCGGAUAUGCGGAGUACUCGGUCGCCCCGCAGGCGAAGACCGUGAAGAUUCCCGAUGGGGUCUCUGAUGAGGACGCCAUGGCCUCGUUCUUGAGUGGGCUGACCGUUUUGUCUUUCGUGAAGGAGACGUACCCCGUGCAGAAGGGCGAUUGGGUGCUGUUGCAUGCCGCUGCUGGUGGGGCUGGUUUCCUUAUGACCCAGAUUCUGAAGUCAAUUGGGGCUCAUGUUAUUGGGACUGCUGGGGGCCCGGAGAAGCUUGCUCUCGUCAAGAGCCUGGGGGCGGACUAUGUGAUUGAUUAUCGCAGCGAGGAAGGCAAGGACUGGGCGAAGAAGGUCAAGGAAAUUACUAAUGGUCGGGGUGUGGAUGUUGUCUAUGAUUCCGUAGGCAAGGAUACAUGGGAGGGCAGUUUGGAUGUCGUCAAGAGGAAGGGGACUGUCGUUUGGUUCGGAAAUGCCAGUGGACCAGUCCCUCCUCUGCCUCUAAAUAAACUCAGCCCCAAGUGCGUGAAGGUCGCCCGGCCUACCCUUUUCGGCUACAUUGAAACUCGCGAAGAGUUCGAGUUCUACGUGAACGAGCUGUUUACCCUCCUCAGAACCGGCCAGCUGAAAGUCAAGAUCCACAAGAUUUAUCCUCUGGAGGAGGUUGCUCAAGCUCACAUCGAUCUGGAGGGCCGAAAGACUACUGGAAAGCUGCUUUUGAAGCCAUAG